ACUUUGAUAGCACGUGCACUCAUUCUGUUUUCCCAACCACACCACCACCUUCCCUCUGUCUCUGUGUCCAGCACUUGUAUUUAUUAUUUUUAUUAUUUUAAUUGGAAAUGAUCGCUGGUUUGAAACCAAGCAACUUCAAUAAUAAGUGAGAGGAUCUGCAUUCACGAACUCACUCACCUGCGGACCCACCGUUGUUAUGAUGUGACCAAAUGCACCCUUACAACCGGCUACCGAGCAGUGGCCGCUCCACCCCGUCACCGCCGCAGUCCCCUCUCCGCUCCCCGCUCCGCCGCCACGCCCGCUCCAAGCCCGCCCGCUUAAACCCGCCCCGAACCGCCGCGCAACGCCUCGCCUGGGUCUUCCUCUCGCUCCUCCUCCGCCGCCAAGGCGUCUUCCUCUUCGCGCCUCUCAUCUACAUCCUCGGCAUGCUCAUUUACAUCGCCACCGUCUCCUUCGACGUCGUUCCCUUCAUCGACCACCGCCCCGCCCCCGGCUCCCUCUACCGCACCCCCGACCUCUACGCCAAGCUCCGCCCCGAGAUGGACGCCGACCUCCAUUCUUCCUCCGAUGCGAUAUCUACGACAUGGAGUAUUCCACAUAAAGGUGGUGAGUGGAAACCAUGCAUAAAAAGAUCUUUAGAAGGCCUUCCUGAAUCAAAUGGAUACAUUUAUGUAGAGGCUAAUGGUGGCUUAAAUCAGCAAAGGACAUCGGUGUGCAAUGCUGUUGCUGUGGCUGGCUACCUGAAUGCUACUCUUGUGAUCCCAAAUUUCCAAUAUCAUAGCAUAUGGAAAGAUUCUAGCAAAUUCAGUGACAUUUAUGAUGAAGAAUAUUUUAUCAGUACCUUGAAAAAUGAUGUACGGGUGGUUGAAAAAAUUCCUGAGUACCUGAUGGAAAGAUUUGGCAGCAACAUGACAAAUGUUUACAAUUUCAGGGUGAAGGCUUGGUCAUCCAUUCAGUAUUACAAAGAUGUGGUACUCCCAAAGUUACUUGAAGAAAAGGUUAUAAGGAUUUCGCCUUUUGCAAAUAGAUUGUCAUUUGAUGCUCCUCUAGUUGUUCAACGGCUCAGAUGCUUAGCAAAUUAUGAAGCUUUAAGAUUUUCAAGUCCUAUAUUGACCAUCAGUGAAGCUUUGGUUGAGAGAAUGAAGAAACAUAGCAUAAUGAAUGGUGGAAAAUAUGUCUCCAUACAUCUUCGUUUUGAAGAGGAUAUGGUUGCUUUCUCUUGUUGUGUUUUUGAUGGUGGAGAACAUGAGAGAGAAGACAUGAUUGCUGAAAGAGAAAGAGGUUGGAAAGGGAAAUUUACAAAACCUGGACGAGUUAUACGUCCUGGAGCAAUCAGGAUCAAUGGAAAGUGUCCCCUCACUCCAUUAGAGGUUGGUCUUAUGUUGAGGGGAAUGGGUUUCUCAAAGAACACAUCUAUCUAUUUGGCAUCUGGAAAAAUAUAUGAUGCUGAGAAAACAAUGUCCCCACUAUGGGAAAUGUUUCCUAAUUUGCAAACUAAGGAGACUCUAGCAUCCGAAGAGGAACUUGCUCCAUUUAAGAAUUAUUCUUCCAGGAUGGCUGCUAUAGACUACACUGUUUGUCUUCAUAGUGAAGUGUUUGUCACUACUCAGGGUGGUAAUUUCCCCCAUUUUCUACUGGGCCACAGAAGAUACUUGUUUGGUGGACACUCUAAGACAAUUAAGCCUGAUAAACGGAAAUUGGCUCUACUCUUUGAUACUACCAAUAUUGGAUGGAAAAGUCUCAAACGUCAUUUACUGAACAUGAGGUCAAACAGUGAUUCCAAGGGAGUUGAGCUAAAAAGACCAAAUGAUUCAAUAUAUAGCUUUCCAUGCCCUGAUUGUAUGUGCCACGCAAAUAGAACUGAUGAAUCUAGAUCUUCAUUGAAAACUUGAUCUAUUGACAAUUUUAUGGGUGUUGCUGUUUCCUGUGAUUUUAUAAGCCUGCCUUGCUUCUAACUGCCUUUUACUAGUAUUGUGAUUGUUUUAUUUUUUUACCCUUUCCAUCUGGUGAGAGGGCAUAAUACCCAAUUUUGGGAGGUUGACAGGAUUUUGUUGGAAGUCUCGUAUAUCUCAAUUAUUCAUUGUGACUGGAUUUCACGGGAGGGGCAUCUUUUUUUCUCAUGAUGCCAGUUGAGCAAAGAGCAAUAGUUAUUCAACUGCAGGACUCUCCCCCAAACAUUGACUGAGCAUUGUUUGGUAUAUUGAAUCAGUAGCAGCUGAAUCUAACAAGCUAUGAAAAACAGAACUCACACUCCUUCACACCAUGCCUGUACAUUACUAAGAGAAUGAUCUCCAGGUGUUGAGGCUGUAGCAACAGAUUUGUGCCGUGUACAUUAAACAAAUUCAGGUUGUGUUAAAGCUUUGUAUUUUCUUUGAUCCCAUUACAUAUUUUCUUUUUGUUUGCCCUUAUAUUGAGGACACCAUUGUUGGUUAUAUGUAUCUGAGUACAUUUGUUAUUCUUUUACAUUGGUACCCAUUGUUUUAGUGAUGAUACCAGUGACUGUAAUUAAUUUGCCAUUAAUGACUAGCAAUUGCAUCAGGCUCUUAA